AUGGCUACAUUCUCUUUAAAAUCAUUAUCAAUACUAGAAAAUAAAGUAAAAGAUUUUUCGAUAGAUAUUCCACUGAUUUUUUGUACAAAAAUAGGUGAAGGGACAUCUGCAUCUAUUUUUAAAUAUGAGCUAAAAGGUGAUCCGGUGGCUGUAAAAAUCUUUAAACAUUCUUUAUCCAAGAAAAGAACACUGCAGGUUGCAGAUAAAUUACGCAAACUAGUCUGCCCUCACCUCGUAGUGUUUAGAGGAUACUCAUUGCGACCAUCAGCAUUUAUAUUUGACUUCUGCGGAGUAAAUGUUGGAGAUGAAUGUGUAAACAAUGUAUCCCAAAUGAUAAAAAUUUUUAAUGAAAACGAUCAUUAUGUAUUAAACGAAAGAUUAGACAUUAUCAAACAAGCUACCUUAGGUUUAAAAACUUUACAUGAUUUUGGAAUUGUACACAGAGACUUUAAACCAUCUAAUCUUUUGGUCACUGGAACUUUAAGCAAAUUAUGCGUCAAAUUAACUGAUUUUGAUGACCUAUCUUUAAUACAAGAAACUGUUAAUGCCACCCUAACAAACAAAGUCUUUUUGUUUGGAAUGACUUUAACUUAUACAGCACAUCUGCAAACAGGAAGUUAA